AUUCUACUAUCAAGAAAUUACAUUAUAGGCUAUAUAAAGCAAAUUAUUAUCACUAAAAUUUAGUAACUUUUGUCAAUCUAAUUGCAGUAUUUUUUCCCCUUUCACGUCGUUACAAUGGUAUUUGAUAUCAAAGGGAAAUUCGCUCUUAUCACUGGUGCAGCUAAUGGAAUCGGUUUGGCUUAUGUCCAAGAGCUUUUGAAGAAUGGGGCAAAAGGUGUUGCCAUAGUGGACAUCAGCAAAAAUGGAGAGGAAGUAGCAGCACAAUUCAACAGACAAUACGCUGACAGGACAAUUAUUUUCAUUUUAGCAAAUGUUACUAACAAAAGCGAACUGGAAGCUGCUUUCAACAAAGCUUUUUCAACUUUUAAAACUUUAGACAUCGUAAUCAACAAUGCAGGUAUCUUGAACGAUGCUCAAUGGGAAAAACAAGUCGCUUUAAAUUGUAAUGCUGUCGUCGAAGGUAGCCUUCUAGCAAUCAAAUUUUUCGGCAAAAAUAACGGAGGCAAAGGAGGAGUCGUAGCCAACAUAGCGUCAAUUCUAGGCCUCCAAAAACUCUCUGGAUGUCCAAUCUACGUAGCCACCAAACAUUUCGUUGUAGGCUUGACCAGAUCAUUCGGCUCAGACUUCUACUGGGAUUUGACCGGCAUCAAAUUCGUCACUAUGUGCCCAGGAGUCACUGACACACCGCUUAUUUCUGAAGCCAGCAAAUUCGCUUUGCAAGGACAAUAUCCCAGAUUGGGUGAACUUUUAGCUGGAGAAUUGGGAGCUUUAGCUCCACAACCAACUUCGAAUGUUGCUGAAGGCAUGAUUACACUUAUAACCAAAGGCGAGAAUGGUAGUGUAUGGGUAUCUGAAGGCGGACAAGAUGUUUAUGAAGUUGAAAUUCCGGAUAGGCUUAGUUUACGCAAGAACUGAGUUAUUUUUUUGUGUGAAUAUGUAGUGUUAUUAUUUAUUAAAUUUGUAAGAAUAAGACAAGAAACUGUAGACCAAGAAAAUCGUUAUAUUCUGGCAAAUAAAAACCUAAUGAAUAUUUGUUUGAAGUAAUAACGAGAAGAUGGGGUCACAGAAUAAUUAAAGUAUUUUUUCCAA